CUGCCUCGCAGCUCUGUUUUGAGGAGAGGGCGUAGAAGGUCUGCCACUGCACUUUCCCUAAGGUGUGUAGUAAAAAUGGUGCAGAAAUACCAGUCCCCAGUUCGAGUCUACAAAUAUCCUUUUGAGCUCGUGAUGGCAGCAUAUGAAAAGCGCUUUCCUACAUGUCCAGAGAUCCCAGUCUUCCUGGGGAGUGAAAUCCUGCAUGAAUCCCGGAGUGAUGAUGGAGCUGUACAUAUCAUUGAACGGAGCUGCAAACUGAACGUGGAUGCUCCCAGGCUGCUAAAGAAGAUUGCAGGGGUAGAGUAUGUUUUCUUCAUCCAGAAAAACACGGUGAACUGGAAAGAGCGAACUCUCCGCAUUGAAGCCCGCAAUGAGACUUUUGCCAACCGUGUUGUUGUCCUUGAGACGUGUAGCUACUCAGUUCACCCUGAAAAUGAAGAGUGGACUUGCUUUGAACAGUCUGCAUCUCUCGACAUCAAGUCAUUUUUUGGCUUUGAAAGCACAGUGGAAAAAAUUGCUAUGAAGCAGUACACCUCAAACAUCAAGCGGGGCAAGGAAGUGAUUGAACACUACCUGAAGGAGUUGAUCUCCCAAGGGAUCACAUUCAUCCCCCGCUGGACACCUCCCCCAGUGUGUGGACAGAAGGAUGAGCGAAGCCCAGCUGUUGGACACGAUGCUGAUGACGGACUGCUUGAGUCUGGGGCUCGUGGAACUACCAAAGAGCAAACUGGCAGCUCCUGCCCUCCAGCAGAGGCUGUCAGCCCUGAUGCUGACAAAUUGGAUGCUGAUUACAUUGAGCGAUAUCUGGGCCAGCUGACUCCAAUGCAAGAGAGUUGCUUGAUCCGCCUUCGCCAGUGGCUUCAAGAAACGCACAAAGGCAAGAUCCCCAAAGACGAACAUAUCCUUCGAUUUCUGCGGGCUCGUGACUUCAACAUCGACAAAGCUCGAGAAAUGCUCUGUCAGUCACUGUCUUGGCGAAAGCAGUACCAGGUGGAUUACAUCCUACAGUCAUGGAGGCCCCCAGCCCUCUUAGACGAAUACUACACUGGAGGAUGGCAUUAUCAAGACAAAGAUGGACGACCACUCUACAUCCUUCGUCUUGGCCAGAUGGACACAAAAGGUUUGGUGAAAGCUCUGGGAGAGGAAUCACUGCUGCGACAUGUUCUGUCAAUUAACGAGGAAGGACAAAAGAGAUGUGAGGAAAAUACCAACAUCUUUGGCCGCCCCAUCACAUCCUGGACAUGUCUGGUGGACUUGGAAGGGCUAAAUAUGCGGCAUCUCUGGCGGCCUGGAGUUAAGGCCCUGCUUCGGAUAAUUGAGGUUGUAGAGGACAACUACCCUGAAACUCUGGGGAGACUAUUGAUAGUGCGAGCGCCCAGGGUUUUUCCUGUGCUCUGGACUCUGGUCAGUCCCUUCAUCAAUGAGAACACAAGGCAGAAGUUCCUCAUUUACAGUGGGAAUAACUACCAGGGUCCAGGAGGGCUGGUAGACUACGUGAACAAAGACGUGAUCCCAGACUUCCUGGGAGGAGACUGCAUGUGUACUGUCCCAGAAGGUGGACUUGUUCCCAAGUCACUUUAUCAAACAGAAGAAGAGCCAGAGAACUCAGAUCACAUCCGAUUAUGGACAGAAACUAUCUAUCAUUCUGCGAGUGUCCUCAGAGGAGCUCCGCAUGAGAUAGUUGUGGAGAUUUUGGAAGGGGAAUCUGUCAUCACCUGGGACUUUGACAUCCUGAAGGGAGAUGUGGUGUUCAGCCUCUUUCACUCCAAACGAGCUCCUGAAACAAGUCAUAAAGAAGCCACGUUACCAAGUACCUCUGCUGCUGGGGACAAUAUGCAGCUAAUUGAUAAGACGUGGGUCCUUGGGGUGGAUUACAGCCGUAUGGAAUCUCCACUGGUUUGCCGGGAAGGAGAGAGCAUCCAGGGAUCUCAUGUGACUCGCUGGCCUGGCUUUUACAUUCUCCAGUGGAAAAUGCACGGCCCUCUGCCCUGUUCUGGCACUAGCCUCCCUCGGGUGGAUGAUGUUCUUGCCUCUCUGCAAGUUUCCAGUCACAAAUGCAAGCUUAUAUACUACUAUGAGGUGCUUGCAUCCAAGGACUUCAGGGGAUCCAUGUCGAGCCUGGAAUCCUGCAACAGCGGCUUUUCCCAGCUGAGUGGAGCCACGACAUCUUCCAGCCAGUCCCAGAGCAGCUCCUAUCUUUCUAGAUAGCAGAGCCAAGGCUACAGCGGCAAGGAAAAAUCGCUCAGGGCUUCCUGGCUGCCCCAGGGCUGCUCUGUGCACCAAACCAAAGAGCCUACGGGGGCUGAGCCUUGAGGCAGUCGUUCGUGUGACCACUGGUAGCAGCCAUUUGGACACAGAGAGGCUUCUAGGAGCUAUUUUAAACACAAAAACUUAGAAUUCAAAUGGCAGGUUUAGAAAUUUUCUAUCAGAUACCUACUUCUCAGUAGUCUUUUUCACAAAUUGUGGUUUUGGAUGAAUGUCAGUUUGCAUGAAUCUGUGUAUUACUCAACUGUAAAGGGCUCUUUCCAGUCAGUCCUUUUCCUACGCGUGGUAGAGGAGACUGAUGUUGCCUUAUCUGUUUGAUCCGUAGGACUAGAUUAUUCAUGUGUAGCAAAACUAAUCUCGUUUUCUGGGCGCCCAGGGUACCAAUUACACAUCAGAAAGUAAAGCGGGCAUUUCAGGUGCAGGGACUUGAAGCAAACUGUAAAUACCUUAAUAGAGAUAGGAUGCUUCAGUAAUCAGCUCCAGGUCAAACCUAAAACCUCCUCUGAUGUGACAGGAUGCCGUUAGGAAACAUGUUGGAUUUUUUUAACCCACUGAGACGAAAAAGUCAAAAUGGUUUUCUAGAAAGUACAGGCAGAGAACCUGCCUCCAGUAAGCAGCAUCUUUCUUAGAGAGAGACUACUUCUCCUUAUUCCUCAGGUUUACAAGCAAUAAUGAGUAGAUCUGACCCAUCUCAUCAAAGUGGGUGGGAACUGAAUCAAAUUAUAAAGGGCUAAGAAAAGCAAUAUUUUAUUUCCUGUAGGCACAAAAUUUUAUGGCAGUAUUAUAGAACUUGCUUCUUUAAAACAUGAGCUAACUUGAAGAGAAAACUUAAAAAAAAAAAAAGCAUGUAUGUAUUUAAGCACUUACUGAAACGUAUUUAUUCAAAUACUAGCUUAUUUAAAAUUAAUUUUUAACUUAUUUAUAAUUUCAAAAAUGACUAUUUAUUAAAUCCAGUCACCUUUUUCAAUGGGACGAACUUUGUUUUAGAAAGGAGUAACUGAUCCCAAGAAAUCUUUCUACUUCGGUUCUAAUCUUUUGUGAUCACUGGAUGUUCUUGCAUAAAGGGCUGUAUCGUACAUAGCGCUUGGGGUAAGGGCUGUGUGUCAUCUUUUCCUGCAAGGUAAGGUUGGAGUCCAGUGCUUUUUGGACUCCAGAGGGAUGCUUCUUAGGAUUAAGAAGCAAGGACUGAGUUCAGGAGUUGUAAGAAGAUAGCGCAUCUUUGUGACACACCAGAAAUACCGAGUUUGUCCAUAAUCACUGAUUAUUCCAGAGAGUAGGUGUGUACCAAAGGUGCUAGUGGUCCGUUGGUCGGGUUGGGUAGCAAAGUUAUACGCGUUCUUGUCCCGGUGGCAACAAAGCGAGAAUAGAGGUCAAACGCUCAGUUGCCCUUAGGCAGUAUUUGCAGCUAGCAGACAUGCAGGACUUGUGAUGUGGACGGAUGUCUGCUUUCGGAUCCAGCUGUGCUGCGUGAAGGCUCCCCCCCACCAGCUGGAGGUUACCUCUGCACGGAUCUGCUGCCUACGGAAGGAUCGUGAGGGUACUGCCCCCGCCAUUGUUGAGGUUAUCCCAGCCGAGUGGCUCAUGUCGCGUAAUAUGGCGAGCGUGGUCUAAAACGAACGAGUUUCCAGUUCCCCGGCUGGGG